CAGACGUUGGCACGUUUCUAUAAGCUGCUUCUCUGCGGCGUGUCUCCUCUGCGUCUGGGAUCACAAACAACACGCGUGAGUUUUGCCGUGUACAGCAAUUGAAUUUCCAUAAAACACGGCAAGUAACAUUCAUUUUACCAAAGUAAGUUUAUACUUUAUUAUGUUUCUGAUAUGCCUCCUGAGAAUGUUUACUAGUUGGAUGCGACACCGUCCUGUGUAAGUGCCAUGAAGUUUCUUGGUUCUUCUCCAGCCUGGUUCAGGCUUUAAUUCGCACUGAACCUCAACUCGCGUUUCUCCCCAAAUCUAUCAUCUUGUUUUUUUUUUUGUGAUUGUCAGACUUAUUUUGGAAGAUGAAGUUCUUCUGCGACUUUUUGUGCACAUAAACAUUCUGAAAGGAAGAAGAAACGAGGAGUCUUAAUUCGUGCUGUGAAGCCGCAUCACCUCCUAUGCCGUUUUAACCGUCUCGACGGCACGUUUUGAGAUUGUCAAAGAUAAACGUUGAAGUAUAAAUUCAAAGAUAAAGAUGAAGAAGUUCCGGAAGGUUUUGGACGGGUUGACCACUUCUUCACCUGUCAAUCAAGGUGGAUCUCCCGUGUGCGGCAGUGCGGCUGGGACCCCCAGUACGGCUCUGACGCCGCGGGAGCUGGAAAUCCAGGAGACACUGAUGUCUGAGCACUUCCAAAUCUGUAAGACGGUGCGUCAUGGAUUUCCCUAUCAGCCCACAGCUCUGGCAUUUGACCCGGUGCAAAAGAUCCUUGCCAUUGGCACUCGUUCUGGAGGAGUACGGCUUCUGGGACGGCCAGGAGUGGACUGUCAUUGCCAGCAUGAGAGUGGGGCGGCAGUUCUCCAACUGCAGUUUCUCAUCAACGAGGGGGCGCUGGUCACAGCUUGUGCUGACGACACGCUUCAUCUCUGGAAUUUGAGACAGCGACGUCCGGCUAUCCUACACUCUCUCAAAUUCAACAGAGAGCGGAUCACAUUUUGUCAUCUUCCGUUUCAAAGUAAGUGGCUUUACGUGGGGACAGAGCGUGGAAAUACACACAUAGUGAACAUCGAAUCCUUCGUUUUGUCUGGAUAUGUCAUCAUGUGGAACAAGGCCAUAGAACUAUCAACAAAGACACAUCCAGGUCCUGUUGUUCAUCUGAGUGACAGUCCAAAAGAUGAGGGAAAGUUGCUGAUAGGUUUCGAGAGUGGUACAAUAGUAAUGUGGGACUUGAGGGCCAAAAGAGCUGACUUCAGGAUAUACUAUGAUGAGGCCAUUCACUCAGUAAGCUGGCAUCACGAGGGGCGGCAGUUCAUGUGCAGUCAUUCUGACGGCAGUCUGAGCAUGUGGAAUCUGAGAAACACAGCCAAACCUUUUCAAGUCACCUUCCCUCAUGGCAAGACUCAGAGAGAUGGUCGAAAAGAAUCAUGUAAACCCAUUCUCAAGGUCGAAUACAAAACCUCCAGAAACAGUAGUGAUGCAUUUAUUGUCUUCUCCGGGGGUCUUUCGUAUGACAAGGCAGGACGGAGACCAACCCUAACCAUCAUGCAUGGCAAAGCCAUCACAGUGUUAGAGAUGGACUAUCCAAUAGUGGACUUCCUAGUGCUCUGUGAUACGCCUUAUCUCAACGAGGUCCAGGAGCCAUAUGCGGUGGCGGUUCUGCUGGAGAAAGAUUUUGUUGUGGUUGAUCUAUCCCAGAGCAAUUUUCCUAUCUUUGAGAACCCCUACCCCAUGGACAUCCAUGAGUCUCCGGUCACAUGCACGGCUUACUUUGCCGACUGUCCCCCCGACAUCAUACCCGUGCUUUACUCCAUAGGAGCUAAACACAAAAAGACCAGCUACAGCCACAAGGAGUGGCCGCUCAGAGGUGGCACAUGGACGGUGGGUUCACAAACAUACCCAGAGAUAAUCAUCACAGGACAUGCAGACGGAUCAAUAAAGUUUUGGGAUGCCACGGCGAUCACACUGCAGAUGUUGUAUAAGCUCAAGACGUCAAAGGUGUUUGAGAAGCCUAAGAGUGGAGAUGUGGGACGAAGCGCUGAGCUUGUGGAGGAAGACCCCUAUGCCAUUCAGAUGAUCAACUGGUGCCCGCAGAGCCGUAUCUUUUGUGUAGUCGGCAUCAGCGCCCACGUCAUCCUGUACCGCUUCAGCAAACAUGACGCCAACACCACCAUCACGUCCCUAGAAGUGCGACUUCAGUGUGAGAUGGAGGAUGUCAUCUCUCCAUCGGAUACAGAGAACACUCCAUGUUUUUCGGACCCCAGCGGUCUCUCACCUCAACCUCAGCCUCCAAGUCCCCGCAGCAACACCCCAGACAGUGUGCGGGACAGCAUCCCUUGCCUCAAGGUUAAAGAUCGGACGAUCCGAAUGCCUCCUGGGUACCAGGCGGAGCUGGUGGUUCAGUUAUUAUGGGUCGAUGGAGAACCGCCACAACAAAUCACCAGCUUGGAUUUAAACUCUGCAUACGGACUGUUGGCUCUAGGUAACUGCAAUGGUUUGGCAGUGGUGGACUACCUGCAGAAAACCAUUCUGCUGUGUAUGAACACCCUGGAGCUUUACGGAUCCGCAGACCCUUUCCAGCGACUAACACGCUCUCCUCGCAAAAACCGACAGUCCACAUCAGACUUUUGCAUGCGCGGCCUGUCUAACUUUUAUUCCGAUUCAAAGAAACGGAUCCGUACUUCCUACCAGAGCCUUACAGAGCUUUCUGAUAAUCAGGUGUCUUUGGACCUAGAGAGGAGCAAGUCACCCACCUCAGCACCCUACACCCCUUCCCUCCAUAAUGACCCUCGAGGCACAGGGGAACCUGUGUCCAACCUCCGAUCCUGCCACUACAGUCCUGUCUUUUACCUGUUGGACAAUGUCAAGGGACCAGGCAGAAAGUUAAGUCUACCAACAGAUCUUAAGACUGAUCUUGAUCAUGUGAAUGGACAUUGCACUAGCCCGACCUCCCAGCCGUGUCCAACUGGGAGGGCCAGAGUCCCGGGGGGCACUGAAGGGCCACGCCUUGCCCGCAGGGGGCCUGGUCGACCGCCCUUCCGCAAGGCCCAGUCCGCCGCAUGCAUGGAGGUCUCUUUGCCUGUGUCCUCCCUCACCGAAGGUUAUCCAUCCCGACGAGCCAUGCUGCAGCAGUUACAUGGAGUCAGUAUGUACUCUCAUGAUGAACAUCACAUCACCACCUACUCCUGGAGUGAGAGAGAGAGUCGAGAAAACUCAUUCAGCCGGUCACGGAGCUCUAGCGUUUCCAGCAUAGACAGAGAGACUAAAGAGGCUGUAACCACCCUGCAGUUUGCAGAGUCGUACGGACGUAAGUCAGACACCCUGCCUACACCAUGCUUGUGGGUGGGUACGAGUCUGGGCCUGGUGCUCAUCAUCCCAAUGUCCAUUCCUACGGAUGAGCAGGAACGGCAGGAAGACCCCGUUACUGUGGCCCCCACUGGCACAGUGUUAAUGCUGAAGAGCUCUGUUCUGCGGUUUGCUUUUCUGGACUGUGGAGGUGCUCUUAUCAACAGUCCCUACGAGGUGUGGCGAGACCAACAUGUCCCUGAUGUCCCAGAUCGACCCCGCAAGCGGAAACUGGUCAACUUCUCACCCUCGUCUUCUCAAGAGGCCAGUGGAGAUGGUCACUUAGCUGUAGUGUGUUCAGAGAGGCAGGCCAAGGUCUUCUUCAUGCCCUCCCAGGCCUGUCUAUAUGUGCAUAACAUCACUGAGUCAUCCUUCGUGCUGCGGGCUGACGUGGUGUCAGUUUGUAACAGCGUUUGUUUGGCCUGCUUCUGCGCCAAUGGACACAUAAUGACUUUGAGCCUUCCCAGUUUACGGCCUCUGCUAGAUGUCAACUACCUGCCGCUAACAGACAUGCGCAUUGCUAGAACAUUCUGCUUCACCAACGGAGGGCAGGCACUGUAUCUGUGCUCCCCCACAGAGAUGCAGAGAAUCACUUACAGCCAGGAGAUGUGUGACAACCUACAGGUGGCUGUGCCUCUGUGUGUGUGUGUGUGUGUGUGUGUGUGUGUGUGUGUGUGUGUGUGUGUGCGUGCAUGCGUGUGCACAUGCUGAUGGUGGUUAUUGAAGUGAAAUGUCAUGCUUGUCAUGGAUGCUUUGAGCUCUGCUGAGCUGAGCCCUACUGCAUUUCAGCUGUAAUUUCUGCCACACAGGUUGUCAUUCUGUCCUUUCCCUCCCUCUGUCGUUCCCUGUCUGUCUGGUUAGGAUGGGAAUAGCAUAACGCCAUACUAUUCAUUCUAUUUUUGCAGUAUGUACCAUGUGCACAGUAUGUUAUUUUAUUUUAUUUUUUUUUUUAUGCACCCGAACUGAAACGUGUCAUUGUUCAAGAGUUUUGGGGUUGGUAGGAUUUUUUAUUUUUUAGAUUUUAUUUUAUUUUAUUUAUUUAUUUUUCAGUGUUUUGAAAGAAGCGUCUUGUGCUCACCUCGGCUGCAUUUAUUCCAUUAGAAAUACAGUAUAAUAUGUAAUAUUGUGAUAUAUUAUUACAUUUUAAUAUACCUGUUUACUAUUUUAAUGUAAUUUAUUUCUGUGAUGGCAAAGCAGACUUUUCAGCAGGCAUUACUCUUCAGUCUCUUUAGUCUAGACUUCAAUGUCAUGUGAUCUUACUAUGUU